AUGGAAGGAAAGGUGUUUUUGGGUCAAUACUUGAUAUGGAUGAUGGUACUGUUGGGGCAGCUACACGGAUACAAAGGCUGUAUUCAGAAAGAAAGGAACGCUUUAUUGGAGCUCAAGCACUACCUUAUCUCCAUUUCUGAAAAAGGACAACCUGACUAUAUUCUCCCUACUUGGACUAAUGACACAAAGAGCCAUUGCUGCCGCUGGGAGGGCGUCAAGUGCAGUCGUACAAGCAGACGUGUGACCAAGAUUGCUUUUGGUGAUUUGUAUCUCAAAGAGAAUUCUUUCUUUAAUCUUUCUUUGCUGCAUCCCUUUGAAGAGGUUCGAAGUCUAGACUUUUCCGAGUGCGCUUUCAGUGCCUUGUUUGAUGAUAUGGAAGGUUAUAAAAGCUUAAGUAGAUUAAGAAACCUAGAGACAGGGCCGACCCUGAGAUUUUGGGAGCCUAUGGCGAUUUCUAUGUAA